GGAGGGCAAGAGCUGGGCGCAAGCAGCGGGAGCCCCAGGCUCCACUGCCAGCUCCGCCAGCCGGUGCUGGGUGCUGCGGACCAAGCCCUGAGGUCUGGGAGGGUGCGCGCCAAGGGCUGCGGGGACCCCUUCAGCUUCCCUCCCUACUCACCACCACGACCAUCGCCCCUGGCCCCUUUUUGCUGUGCCUGGGGUCCUAGCCAGCCUCCUGCCCUGCACUUGGGAGACUUUCUCCAAAGGCUUCCCCAAUGCUGCACUCUCUGUGUCUUUGUCCCCAGCUGCCUCUCUCCCUCUGCUGUCCCUGGUGUCCCUGUGUCCCUGUAGCUCCACUUCCUUUUUUGUCUCCUGCCUUCUCUGUAUGGGAUUCCCUGUGAGUCUAUCCACUCUUCUUCUCCACACCUCUGAGCCCCCAGGGACCUGUCAGGCCCUUCUCUCCCUCAUCUGGAAAGAAACCAGCGCUGGAUGCCAGGCAGGGCUGCAGCAAUGGCAGUGCCCAGUCUGUGGCUGCUCUUGAUUCUUCACUUCCUGGGACCUGGCCUGGACACAUUGGAGGUGUGCCCCAGCCUGGAUAUCCGCUCUGAGGUAACAGAGCUGCGGCGUCUGGAGAACUGCAGCGUGGUGGAGGGCCACCUGCAGAUCCUGCUCAUGUUCACCGCCACUGGGGAGGACUUCCGAGGCCUCAGCUUCCCACGCCUCACCCAGGUCACCGACUACCUGCUGCUCUUCAGGGUCUAUGGCCUGGAGAGCCUGCGUGACCUUUUUCCCAACCUGGCCAUCAUCCGCGGUGCCCGCCUCUUCCUGGGCUAUGCGCUGGUCAUCUUUGAGAUGCCACACCUGCGUGACUUGGGACUGCCGGUGCUGGGGGCUGUGCUGCGGGGGGCUGUUCGAGUGGAGAAGAACCAGGAGCUCUGCCACCUUUCCACCAUCGACUGGGGCCUGCUGCAGCCUUCACCUGGUGCCAACCACAUCGUGGGCAACAAGCUAGGCGAGGAGUGUGCCGAUGUGUGCCCUGGCAUGCUGGGUGCUGCCGGAGAGCCUUGUGCCAGGACCACCUUUGGUGGGCGCACUGACUAUCGGUGCUGGACCUCCAGCCACUGCCAGAGAGUGUGCCCCUGUCCUCAUGGGCUGGCCUGCACAGCCAGGGGUGAGUGCUGCCACACAGAAUGUCUCGGCGGUUGCAGUCGGCCUGAAGACCCCCGGGCCUGCAUCGCCUGCCGCCACCUGUACUUCCAGGGCAGCUGCCUUGGGGCCUGCCCUCCCGGCACCUACCAACAUGAAUCCUGGCGCUGCGUCACUGCAGAGCACUGUGCCAGCCUGCGUUCUGUACCAGGCCGAGCCUCCACCUUUGGCAUCCACCAGGGAAGCUGCCUGGCCCAGUGCCCUCCAGGUUUCACCCGUAAUAGCAGCAGCAUAUUCUGCCACAAAUGUGAGGGGCUGUGCCCCAAAGAGUGCAAGGUGGGCACCAAGACCAUUGACUCCAUCCAGGCAGCACAAGAUCUGGUAGGCUGCACCCACGUAGAGGGGAGCCUCAUUCUUAACCUUCGCCAGGGAUACAACCUGGAGCUGGAGCUGCAGCACAGCCUGGGGCUGGUCGAGACUAUCACUGGCUUCCUGAAAAUCAAGCAUUCCUUUGCCCUCGUGUCCCUGGGCUUUUUCAAGAACCUCAAAUUAAUCCGGGGGGAUGCCAUGGUGGAUGGGAACUACACUCUGUACGUGCUGGACAACCAAAACCUGCAGCAGCUGGGGUCCUGGGUGGCUGCUGGACUCACAAUUCCUGUGGGCAAGAUCUACUUCGCCUUCAACCCGCGCCUGUGCUUGGAGCACAUCUAUCGACUGGAGGAGGUGACGGGCACACGGGGUCGACAGAACAAGGCGGAGAUCAACCCGCGCACCAACGGAGACCGCGCCGCCUGCCAGACUCGCACCCUGCGCUUCGUGUCCAAUGUGACCGAGGCCGACCGCAUCUUGCUGCGCUGGGAGCGCUACGAGCCGCUGGAGGCUCGCGACCUACUCAGCUUCAUCGUGUACUACAAGGAGUCUCCAUUCCAGAAUGCCACGGAGCACAUAGGUCCAGACGCCUGUGGAACCCAGAGCUGGAACCUGCUGGAUGUGGAGCUGCCCCUAAGCCGCACUCAGGAGCCAGGGGUCACCCUAGCCCCUCUCAAGCCCUGGACACAGUAUGCAGUGUUUGUGCGGGCCAUCACACUGACCACUGCUGAGGACAGCCCCCACCAGGGAGCCCAGAGCCCUAUUGUCUACCUCCGAACCCUGCCAGCCGCGCCCACCGUGCCCCAGGACGUCAUCUCCACGUCCAACUCCUCCUCGCAUCUGCUGGUGCGCUGGAAACCACCCACGCAGCGCAACGGGAACCUCACCUACUACCUGGUGUUGUGGCAGCGCCUGGCGGAGGACGGCGACCUCUACCUCAAUGAUUACUGCCACCGGGGCUUGCGGCUGCCCACCAGCAACAAGGACCCCCGGUUCGACCGCGAAGACACGGAAUUAGAAGACGAGAUGGAGCCCGGCUGCUGCCCUUGCCAGCAUCCAUCUCCUGGGCAGGCCUUGCCACCGCUGGAAGCGCAGGAGGCCUCGUUCCAAAAGAAGUUUGAAAACUUCCUGCACAACGCCAUCACCAUCCCCAAGUCCCCUUGGAAGGUGACGUCCAUCAACAAGAGCCCUCAAAGGGACUGGGAGCGACACCGCAGGGCCGCUGGGGCCCUCAGGCUUGCGGGGAAUAGCUCGGAUUUUGAGAUCCAAGAGGACAAAGUGCCCCGGGAGCGAGCGGUACUGAGUGGCUUACGCCACUUCACGGAGUACCGCAUUGACAUCCACGCCUGCAACCACGCAGCACACACUGUGGGCUGCAGCGCUGCCACCUUCGUCUUUGCACGCACCAUGCCCCACCGAGAAGCUGAUGGCAUCCCAGGCAAGGUCUCCUGGGAGGCAGCCAGCAAGAGCAGUGUCCUCCUGCGCUGGCUUGAACCACCAGACCCCAAUGGACUCAUCCUUAAGUAUGAAAUUAAGUACCGCCGCUUGGGAGAGGAGGCCACAGUGCUAUGCGUGUCCCGCCUACGAUACGCCAAGUUUGGGGGUGUCCACCUGGCACUGCUGCCCCCUGGAAACUACUCUGCCAAAGUCCGGGCAACUUCAUUGGCUGGCAACGGCUCUUGGACGGAUGGUGUUGCUUUCUACAUCCCUGGCCCAGAGGAAGAAGACUCUGGGGGGUUGCAUGUCCUGCUCACCGUCACCCCAGUGGGACUCAUGCUGAUCAUCAUUCUCGCUGCCCUCGGGUUCUUCUAUGGCAAGAAGAGAAAUGGCACCCUAUACACUUCUGUGAACCCAGAGUACUUCAGUGCUUCUGACAUGUAUAUCCCAGACGAGUGGGAAGUACCCCGAGAGCAGAUCUCCAUCCUUCGAGAGCUGGGCCAGGGCUCCUUCGGGAUGGUGUAUGAGGGGCUGGCACAGGGCCUCGAGGCCAGAGACAAGUCCACACCGGUGGCCUUGAAGACGGUGAAUGAGCUGGCCAGCCCACGGGAGCGCAUCGAGUUCCUCAAGGAAGCUUCUGUCAUGAAGGCAUUCAAGUGCCACCAUGUGGUGCGUCUCCUAGGCGUGGUGUCCCAGGGCCAGCCCACUCUGGUCAUCAUGGAGUUGAUGACACAUGGGGACCUCAAGAGCCACCUUCGAUCUCUGCGACCCGAAGCAGAGAACAACUUGGGACUCCCUCGGCCAGCACUGGGGGACAUGAUCCAGAUGGCUGGUGAAAUUGCCGACGGCAUGGCUUACCUAGCAGCCAAUAAGUUCGUGCACCGAGACCUGGCGGCCCGAAACUGCAUGGUGUCCCAGGACUUCACAGUCAAGAUUGGCGACUUCGGAAUGACGCGAGACGUGUACGAAACAGACUACUACCGCAAGGGUGGGAAGGGGCUGCUUCCUGUGCGCUGGAUGGCCCCCGAGUCCCUGAAAGACGGGAUCUUCACCACCCACUCGGAUGUCUGGUCCUUCGGUGUGGUGCUGUGGGAGAUCGCCACCCUGGCCGAGCAGCCCUACCAGGGCCUGUCCAACGAGCAGGUGCUCAAGUUUGUCGUGGACGGGGGUGUCCUGCAGGAGCUAAAGAGCUGUCCCCUGCUGCUGCAGGAGUUGAUGAGCCGCUGCUGGCAGCAGAACCCCCGCCUGAGGCCCACCUUCACUCACAUCCUGGACAGCAUCAAGGAGGAACUUCGGCCCUCCUUCCGCCUCCUCUCCUUCUACUACAGUCCAGAGUGCCAGGGUGGCCCAGCCUCCCUGCCGCCCUCUGACGCUGAGCUCGACACCCCCCCAUCCCCAAAGUUGACUUCCUCAAACAACAGCCCCCCAAUGGGGGUGCAGGACACUGAGGGUACCCUCAUCCCUAGCUGAAUCCUCCCGUAGGGUGGGGGCAGGGGAGGUGCAAGGGGCUGAAACUGGAGAAGGCAGGCAGAGAGCAGCACAGGGAGUCUGAGUCCCCACAAGGAGGUUAAGGGCCCAGAUCAGAUGGACUAGCGUCAGAGAGCCUGCUGGGGGGGAUACCUGCAGCACCCCCACACUUAAGUCAUAUGAGCCACUGGAACUGGGCCUGGACCCCUUCCCAUCCAUGCUGGGGACAGGUGUCCACUCUCGCCACUGCCCUGUGCACAUGGAGAUAACCGGGGGCUGGGCUGAGAGGAAUGUCCAGCCUGCCUGGAGCCCCAGCCUCACCUUUUCCCCACCUUCCCUGUGCCCAGGGACCCCACGCUUGGUGCUCCUCUUCCUAAUCCUCCAGGGGUGUCCUGUGGUUCAGACAGCCCUUCCACCCCUGCCCCAGUCUCUGCCCCUCCCCUCCAAUGAUUAAGGCUUAAGAGCCUUACUUCCUGCUCAGCCUGCCUCUCAGGGGAAGGCACAAUAAAUGACCGAGUCUAUUCGUA